UCAGUCAUGUGAUCAGCUGUGUCCAAUCACAGCUGAUCACAUAGCACUUAUGAUCAGUGUGCCCUGAUGAUCUGUGUAGCCCCAGCAGUGCCACCUGUCAGUGUCCAUCAGUGCCAGCUCUCAGUGCUCAUCCAUGCCACCUGCCAGUGCCCAUCAGUGCCACAUUUCAGUGCCCAUCAGUGCCACAUCAAUGCCACAUAUCAGUGCCCAUCUGAGCUGCCUUUCAGUGUCACCCAUCAGUGCCAGUCAGUGUCACCUAUCAAUGCCAGUCAGUGCCGCCUAUCAGUGCUGCCAAUCAGU